UGCAAGACUUGUUGUCGUUGCCAUGUAUCCAUGUUAUCUAUGAAUGUUGUAUUUGUAUAGACGAACAAGAAUUCUUAACCCCAUUAAACGAAUUUAUUCUUGUAAACCUGGAGCUCCGGCCAUAUUGAACGUGGGCACAUCAGUUACAACAUUGUAGGACAACCAAGAAAGAAAUGGCAUCCAACUGCAAAAAAUCCGCAAACGACAUCGACACCAUUGACAACGACGCAGUUUUAUACAUGUAUACUACAUUGGCCCAGCUCGUUAAUGGCUAUGAUGAAUACGGCAACGAAAGGUUCAAGAAGUUCUCAGAACGAGAGUUCAGAUCCGAUUUCAGCCAUGAAGUGGUGAAAGGUCUAUGUCACGGAAAAUACCGGACGCGAUGGUGUGAGGUAUCAAUGAUGAAGGGAGCCACCGAUUUGACCACCUACCAGGAGAUGUUACAGGAAAUCCACCCUCGGACUAUCAUUGAAUUAGGAACGUGGCUCGGGGCAAGUGCUGCUUGGUUCGGGGACUUGGCCAAGAUUUUCGGACUAGAAUGCCAUGUGUAUUCCAUGGAUAUCACGAACCCAGAUGCCGUAGACAAGAGGUGUCACAGAGAUAAUGUUAGCUUUCUACAUGGGGACUGCAAUAAGAUUGAAGAAACCUUUACACCCGCGAUGUUAAAGGGCCUCCCACACCCCUGGAUAGUAAUUGACGACGCUCACGUGAACGUGAUUCCAGUCUUGGAAUACUUCACGGCUCACAUGCUCCCCGGAGACUACUUGAUCAAGGAGGAUGUGUCGUCCAGCCAGCCCAGGAAGCCCGGGAUGGGUCUGAUCAAGGAAAUGGGGUGGGAGCCGACCCAGAGCUCAAACCCGGAAUUGCUUGUGAAAUUCAUGGAACGGAACGCGGACAAUUAUCGCGUUGAUCGCUACUAUUGUGAUAUGUACGGCUACAACGGGAAUAAUAACUGGAAUGCAUAUCUCAAGAGGGUUUAACACCAUACCUGGACGGUCUGCAAGAAAGUGUCAGAAGAGUAACAGGAAUCAAACAGCUGACAGAAAGUAUAAAUACUAUACGGGGUGUAUCUUUUCUAUACGACACACUUGCCUUUUUGUUAGGAAGAUUUUUUUAAAACGCUGUAACUAUGUGAACUUGGUAUUUAAAACUGCAACCUUAAUGUAACGAAUAAAAGUCUAUUCAUGUACGCAUUAAAUAUUCUAGCUAUUAAAGCUGAACUGCAUGAACAAAAACAGAAGCGUCCAUG